AUGACGGGCGUUAAUAACCAAACAAAUUACGGAAGUUAUACGUACGGUAUUCCAUUAGAUCAAAUGUAUGUUGUGGACUCUAAUUAUACAAACAGUCCUCCAUUGGAUGACGUGCAUAGUAUGGACUCGAAUUAUGCAAACAGUCUUCCGUUGGUUGGUGGCGAGUUCAGUAACAACUAUUCCUAUCCGCUCUUCCAAGCGUCUACUCAGCCUACCAAUCAAGCUGCUUUUCUUUGGGAUGCCAAUAAUAACAUGUACACGGGGGGAAAUGAACAGUUGAAUGCCACGCCUUAUGAAUACGUCGAAAGCAAUGAAAACCAAGUCAACAAUUUAUAUUAUCCUCCCCCCAAUUCAUUAGUUCAAGCAUCGUCUAUUUCUGCUCUUUCCAACAAUUCUGGCAUGAUAACGAACGCUACAAAUCAUGGAUGCAUAGUAAUUGUCAUGAAGGCAGAUGCUAACCUGGAAAGAUUACUGUCCAUUAUUCAAUUAUGUGGGAGGGUGGAAAGAUUAUACGAUUGUCCUUCGUUUUUUAUAUAUCAGAUUUCCUGGUAUUGGUAA